AUGGCUUCUGCAAAACUGCAAAUCAGGAAAGACGUCGCAGGCUUGAUCACUUUCAUUUCCAGAUGGUGCCCGGAAACUCACACGGCUAUAUGUAGGUGGGGUGAAAUGACCAUUUCUUUGGAGAGUGUAGCCAUCAUGCUGAACCUUCCAAUAACAGGGAACCUUAACAUCAUCUUGUCUGAUGAAGAAGAAAAGAUGCAUGCCAUUCUUGUCGCAAAGUCAGCAGGAUUCGUUCGGAAGGAUUACGAGACGAAAUGCUUCUAUAACUGGUGGGUGUUUGAAUGGUUCCCAGAUGAAUCGGAGCCGGAUCAGGUGAAUAGUAUGCUCCAUGUUGCGGCAUUUUUGUCUCUGUGGCUAUCCAGGGAUAUUUUUGAUGAUGGUUCUGGCAAGAAGGAGAUAAGACAGGAGCUCAUCAAAUUGGCUAUCAAAUUGGCGAAAGGUGUUGUUCUCCCCAUUGGUGGCUUGUUUAUUGGAUCUUUGUACACCCAUCUGGAUCACCUGGCUGCGGACAUGUAUGCUUCUAAUGGUUAUAUGAAAGUAGACUCAUACGUCCACGUCACCUUUCUCCAAACGUGGCUGUGGGAGCUAUUAAAAAAUUAUGCUCUCAAUCCGCUGGAUUCAUUCCCUGAAUCCUAUGGUGGCUCCAGGAUACUUCGCUGGUUGAAUAAGCGUCCAAGGCCUGGAUCAAAUCUCAUUGACUUCCUCGAAAACGCGUACGCAGUUAACUUUCGUCCCUGGUCUCCGGUCCAUGUAUUCAUAAUUCAGGCGGACGCUUUUGCCUCUGCCCCGAAUACGACUUUGCUUUCUGCUGAAAAUAAUAUGAGCGUUGGAGAAAUUGUAUUCAUGCGAAGCGGUAUACCCAGACACGUGCCAUCUUUUUUCCGAGGAUCUUAUGAGGCAGUUCCUUAUAACAUUGACAGGUCUGCUCGGCAUAUGGGCUUUGACCAAGGAGUCUCAUUUCUUCGUCAGUCGGCGGCUCCAGAAGAAUUGUUGUCAACUGCUCUUGAUGCCAGUGUCCUUGCACCGGAUAAAAUCCUCCCUUUCCUACUUUCAGAACGGAAUCCAGCGACUACCUCCAGAUAUAACACAUUUUGGCAGGAUGAGUUUCUCGCCAUCUACGGGUUCGUGAAUGACGUGGUGAAAGAUCCCUGUGGCAAGCCUUCCCCUGCGAUUUUGGCGAAACAUCCAUUAUUGAGGAGUUUCCCACAGUUAAGCGGAAAUCUCUUAGUCCAGAUAUGA